UUUUUUUCCAAGAUAUUUAGAUUCUGCAAAUCAAAAUGCCACAAAAACUUCAAAAAGAAGCGAAAUCCUAGAAAGAUUAGAUGGACGAAAGCCUUCCGGAAAGCGGCUGGCAAAGAAUUGACAGUGGAUAAUUCAUUUGAGUUUGAAAAACGUAGAAAUGAACCAGUGAAGUAUCAGAGAGAGCUGUGGAACAAGACUGUUGAUGCAAUGAAGAGAGUAGAAGAAAUCAAGCAGAAACGCCAAGCUAGAUUUAUUAUGAACAGAUUAAAGAAGAGCAAAGAGCUGCAGAAAGCAGAAGACAUCAAGGAAGUCAAACAGAAUAUCCACCUUCUUCGUGCUCCACAUGCAAGCAAACCAAAACAGCUGGAGGACAAAAUGGUGCAGAAACUACAAGAAGAUGUGGCCAUGGAGGAAGAUUCCUAAAAUGGU